AUGGCCAUGGUUCAGCCCGCACCCUGCCCCUACUCACCUGCCCAGUUGAAGCCGUUGAUGUCCACCAGGCACUUGAGCACCACGGCUGUGGAUGACAUUGAUAGGAAGCCGCCUGGUCGUGCUGUGCUGUGGAGGGAUUCACCAGUGCUGUGCUGUGGAGGGAUUCACCAGUGCUGUGCUGUGGAGGGAUUCACCAGUGCUGUGCUGUGGAGGGAUUCACCAGUGCUGUGCUGUGGAGGGAUUCACCAGUGCUGUGCUGUGGAGGGAUUCACCAGUGCUGUGCUGUGGAGGGAUUCACCAGUGCUGUGCUGUGGAGGGAUUCACCAGUGCUGUGCUGUGGAGGGAUUCACCAGUGCUGUGCUGUGGAGGGAUUCACCAGUGCUGUGCUGUGGAGGGAUUCACCAGUGCUGUGCUGUGGAGGGAUUCACCAGUGCUGUGCUGUGGAGGGAUUCACCAGUGCUGUGCUGUGGAGGGAUUCACCAGUGCUGUGCUGUGGAGGGAUUCACCAGUGCUGUGCUGUGGAGGGAUUCACCAGUGCUGUGCUGUGGAGGGAUUCACCAGUGCUGUGCUGUGGAGGGAUUCACCAGUGCUGUGCUGUGGAGGGAUUCACCAGUGCUGUGCUGUGGAGGGAUUCACCAGUGCUGUGCUGUGGAGGGAUUCACCAGUGCUGUGCUGUGGAGGGAUUCACCAGUGCUGUGCUGUGGAGGGAUUCACCAGUGCUGUGCUGUGGAGGGAUUCACCAGUGCUGUGCUGUGGAGGGAUUCACCAGUGCUGUGCUGUGGAGGGAUUCACCAGUGCUGUGCUGUGGAGGGAUUCACCAGUGCUGUGCUGUGGAGGGAUUCACCAGUGCUGUGCUGUGGAGGGAUUCACCAGUGCUGUGCUGUGGAGGGAUUCACCAGUGCUGUGCUGUGGAGGGAUUCACAAGCAGCCGCAUGGUGGGAGAAGUGA